AUGGAGGUGGACGCAGGGCUGUUGGGUACGCUUGUGGCGAUGGGGUUUGAGCAGGAGGCGGCGGCCAACGCCCUGCUGAUCACCAACAACGCGUCCCUCGACGAGGCGCUCGACUACCUGCAGCGCUGCUGCCUCGAAGCUGGCGAAGGGGGCGCACCAGGUGGCAGCACCACAGACACCAAAAAAGCCACGCCCGACGUUCAGCUGCCCGAGAACCCGACCUCGUUGGCCGACUAUGGCUACCACUUCAACGACGAGGGCGAGCUGCGGCACCUGGAGACCGGCACGCCGUUCCAGUUCAUCAACCAGAAGCACUACGAGGCCAUGGGCGACAUGAUCGUGCGCCACAUUCAGGAGGCCAUGCUGAAGGCGUACCAGCUCACCGAGCAGAUCAUCCCCCUGCACGACGUGCCCUAUGAGAUGCCGCGCAGCUGCCUGUACAUGUCGCCAGAGUGGGAGACCGCAGAGGUCCUCCUGUUGCUCACGCACGGUUCCGGAAACGUGAGAGCGGGCCAGUGGGCCCGCAAGCCUUGCUUCAACGACUCCCUCCAGAUCGGCUCUGUGCUGCCCUACAUCAAGAAGGCGCAGGAGGCCGGAUGGGCGGUGAUCGUGCUCAACCCUAAUCUCAACGAGGGGACGAUCAACGGCAAGCGGGUGCCGAUUGCUCGUAACGAGAGCCCGGAGGCGCACUACCUGUACGUGUGGGACACCUUCGUGAGCAAGGCGCAAGCCAAGCACGUCUUGAUGGUGUCCCAUUCGUAUGGCGGAGUCAGUACUAUCAAUCUCAUCGAAAAACGAGAGAAGCAGGUGUUGCAGCGAUUGAGGGCACUGGCCCUGACCGACUCGAUUCACUUCUUCAAGCACCGGCGCAUCACGCGCCAAGGCUUCGAUUGGCUUGCCACCAACUGCAUUGACUGGGUUUCAUCAGACCUGCCGCUUGAUUCUCCGGUCGACAACAAGGCCGACUGCUACUGUGUGAGCGCGGGCACCAACAAGCACGAACACACGAGCGGGUUCGCUAUCGAAUCCGUGUUCAACUUCUUCCAGGCGCGACUGGAAGUGGCUGCUUUCCUCUAG